CAACAGUUGAGGCGCCAAGUUUCCCAGAACGAUACGUAUUAAAAAAAAAUCGUGUAAUAUUAGCAUAAUAAAUAAAACUGCGUCAUGAUCUGCCAACUUUUUCUAAGCUUCUCCUUUGCGUGGCUUCUUUUGAAAUGCACACAAAACUUGGCAUAUGAAAUACCUAGCGUGGACAUGGAAAUGUUGAAUGAACGCGGUUUUGAGGUUUCCAUACCUGAUGAGCCAGGCAUGCAACGCGUUUUUUAUAUGCUGCAAGUGGAUUCCAGAUGUCCGGCUCUAAUGGACUACAUAACGCAAGCCACCAAUGGGAGCUGGACUAGCAAACAAAGCAUUAGCCUGCAAAACAACGAUAAACUACAAAUCUCUAUAUUGGUGCAAUAUAAUGAUUUAAUAUAUGAGAAGAGCGAGACGCGGGUAAUACUCAACACUCGGCUGCUUACCACACAACAAAGCAUCUCGCGGAACAUCAGCAAUCGCAGCAGCGCGGAAGAGUGCCAGGUAAAUCUCAGUUCAGAAAAACCGCGGAAGCAUUGCAAGCCAGCCAGCAGCAUUGUGAGCAAUAGUCAAGGCACAUGUCAGGGCGAGCUGCUCUUUGAGGACAACUUUAGUGGCGCACAACUGAAUCGCAGCGUUUGGACGCAUGACAUACGUCAGCGCAUGUACCAUGUGGAAGAGGAGCUGGUGGCAUUUGAUGACUCGCCGCGCUAUUCGUAUGUGCGGGAGGGACACCUACAUAUUGUGCCAAUGGUAGCCAACGAAGUCACACAGGGCGUCUACCAGCUAGGCGAUCGCUGUACAGCUGUUGACAAUCCGGAGCUCGAGUGCAGCAUUGCCAAGGGUAGCUUCUAUAAAAUCAAGCCUCCUGUAUAUUCGGCUCAACUACAUACACGCCAGACCUUUAGCUUUAAAUAUGGCAAAAUUGUGGUGCGUGCCAAGCUGCCAAAAGGCGAUUGGUUAUUUCCAUAUGUGAUGCUGCAACCAGUCUCGACACACGCGGAAACCCAUUAUGCCAAUCAACUUCGCAUUGCUUAUGCUCGUGGUAACGCUCACUUGCGCAGCACUAAGCAGGAAGACAUAUCGGGUAAUCGGUUAUAUGGUGGCAUGAUCGUUUGGCAAGAAGAUCGGCCGGUGCAAUUUAUUAAGGAACGAUUAAAUACAAAGCACUAUGGUGAUGACUUCCACAAUUACACAAUGGUCUGGCAACGGGAUAAGCUAACACUAAUGGUGGACGAUGAGAUUUACGGAGAGAUCUACGAUGGCUUGCCAUUUUUUAAUGAGAAGUGUUUCAUAAUUUUUGGCGUUACAGUGGGCGGAUUUCUUAAUUUCGAUGAUAAUAUUUUAAUGAACGAUGUAAAGCCAUACAAGAAUCAACAGCCGCGUGCCGCCCUUUCGUUUUGGCAAAGUCGUGAUACCUGGGCUUCCACUUGGGGAAAAAGCAGCGCGAUGAUUAUCGAUUAUGUGCGUGUUUAUGCCGAUUAGAAGCCAUACAGUUCUUGUUUGGUUGCUUAAUUUAUUUUUAUUUAAAUCGUUAAGAACAUAACCAUAUUUCGAAAAAUUAAAUUUAAAAUUAUCCUGCUUAACAAAAAUUUUUU